CCUAGUCCCAACUCCCAACACCUCACUUACAAGUUCUUUGUGGUCUCCGUCCCUCUCUUUCUCUCUCUCGGAUAUCUCCGUCCGAUUGAUCAAUGGCGUCUAUUGCAGGAAUGUCGAUCUCUGCGCCUUCUAGGUCUCUUUCCUUCCAGCAAAGCCAGCAGGCAACAACUAAGAUUUCCAGUCUGAAGUCAGUGUCUUUCUCCUCUCAGAGGAAAAGCUUUCAAUCACCUGCGUUGAGAUCACUUCGCUUCCAGGUUUCCUGUGCUGCUAAAGCAGAGACGGUUGAAAAGGUGUGUGAAAUAGUGAAGAAGCAGUUGGCAUUACCUGAUGACUCUGAGGUCACUGGUGAAUCAAAAUUUGCUGCACUUGGAGCUGAUUCUCUUGACACGGUUGAAAUUGUGAUGGGGCUUGAGGAGGCAUUUGGGAUCAGUGUGGAGGAAGAGAAUGCCCAGAAUAUCGCUUCUGUUCAAGAUGCUGCAGAUAUGAUCGAAAAGCUGGUAGAGAGCAAAAGUGCUUGAUAAAAGGAGGAAUGGAA